GUUGGGGCCCUGUUGAGAACGCGGACAGACAGAGCACAAGUAGACCGGUUUCAAGCUAAGCUAAUUCAAUCAAAUUUGCGCUUUUUUUGUUUUGAUAGUUUGCAUUUGUCCCGUUUGCGGCACAUGCUCGGAUCAGAUUGAAAAAUACCGAAGCUAUCUGUUCCUACAACAGCCAGCAGGCUAACACUUAAACCCGGUAUUUACUUUGUAAGCCGCUUCUGUGCUAGCGAGCUAAAUUGGCGCCAGUCGGGUGUUUGACAACAGCGCGGUUCAGUCACGUUUCCCGGUGUUGUUGUUUGUAGCCGCUAAAGUGAACUGAGCUAGUUUCCGUUUAGGCGCAAACUGCAGAAAAGACAAAAGCGCACCACGAUAGCUUAAAAUAAAAAAGUUAAGUAUGGCUGAAUUCCUGGAAGAUCCGUCGGUCCUCACGAAGGAUAAGCUGAAGAAUGAGCUCACAGCCAACAAUGUGGCACUUCCCAGCGGAGAGCAUAAGAAAGAGGUGUACGUGCAGCUGUAUCUGAACAACCUAACGGUGCUCAACGAUAAGAAGAGCCCGCCUGUAGACACCUUCUCCAGCGAUGAAGAGUUGCCCACUCCCGUGGUGUCCAACAAAAGUCGAUCUGGAAGAAAAGCUACAAAAAAGACAGACAAGCCUCGCUCAGAGGAAGCAGAGGUGACAGAUCUCACAGAUGACGAUUUAAAACAACAGCUGGCCAAACAUGGUGUGGAAACAGGACCCAUUGUUGCCACCACCCGUAAGCUGUAUGAGAAGAAGCUGCAGAAGGUUUUGGAGCAGCCUCCAGCCGAGCCUGAAGCUCCUGCAGAGGUCACAGAGGUCACAGCUCUCCCCAAGGUGGACAGUAACCAGAACGGAAACACAAACUCUGACCACUACAGUGACAAGGAAGAUGAGGAGAUUGCUGAACCUGAGCCAGAGCCCGUUCCCGUGGUGGAGAAGGCUGUGAGGAGCCGAGGGAAAACUCCAGUUACGUCCAGAACCAGCAGCAGACGACUCGCUAAGGUGGUGGUGGUGGAGGAAAUUCUUACUGAGGAAACCCCGAAGAAGGCCAGCGAGAGUGUGGUGGAAGAUAUCCUCGCCAAUGAAAUAAGCACACCAACAGCCUUGAGUGCGACCUGCAGGCGUCCGAUCCGAGGGGCAGCUGGGCGGCCAUUGCAGCCCAGUGACUACUGGCUGGAUGAGUCCCGUGUGAAGCGCAGCGUCCACUCUGAGACCCGCCCUUUCUCCGAGUCUUUCUCCAGAGGGGGCAGCUCCGUCUCUUCGAGCAAAGCUCCAGCCCAACCAGGCUUCCUCUCCAUCUUGUUCAAGCUCCUGCUCCUUGUGGUGGUGGCUGCUUCUCUCUUCUAUGUCUACCAGAACCUGGAUGCAGAUAACAUCAACGCCCUCAAAGGUCUCCUGGACAGCGUCGUCGUCCCCCUUCAGGGCGCUGUGAAGAACGCAGCCCGCUACCUGGGCCUCGGCAGCAGCGGCGCCCCCAAGAUCGCCGGCAAGUAAAGACGCAGUCUCUCACCCACCACCCCCCCCCCCCCCCCCCCCCCCCCCCCACCGCCACCUCCCUGCCACUUGCCACACACACACAGCACACGCAGUAAACUUGGCUCACCUUCUCUUUACCCACGUGUUUUUGGACAGAGGUUACAGAUUGAAUUGUAGCCAUGAACUUUCUCCUCUCUGGACCGCAGCUUCCCUCACACCACAAGAGGAUCACAGUAGCUUCUGGAUAACACUGUUUUGUGGCAGUCAGAAGAGACUCAUUUAAUGUUGUUUUUAAUCUGUGAAUUCUUUGUGUCUUUGUGCGUAUUUAACCCUUGUAUGUAGAAGAGCAGGUGCAGGAUGGAGAGGCCAGUUUAUCCAUGCAUGGUUGUAGUCUAUGAAGGUCAUACUGUAGUUUCUAACUCUCUGUGCCAGGCUUUUUUCUGACUGUGAAGUGCCUGGACACUCUUAGCACGUCCCAGUUUAAGCACAAAGCAGUGCUACUCCUUAACCAGAAUGUUUUUGUGUUUCCAGAUGAAUUUCAACACUUUAUCUGUAGCUAUACAGUUAGGUAGAGAGAUUUUUUAUUUCAAUGGUGCUCAGGUCAAUUCAGCUCAACGUUUUAUUUUCAUUUUGUAUGUGGUCCUUGCUGGGAGGAGACUCAGAGUAAUCAGGUUCCAUCACUGCAUGAGGAAAAUCUGCCCAAGUCCAGGUUAAGAUAUACAAAGAGAAGUUAUCAGUGGCUGAACACAGCUUUUAUCAUUGUAAAUGGGGCUCUUUUUCAUUAUGAAAAAAAGUACUUUCUGAUCGCUCCGUAUUGUUAUCAUGAUUAUUUACUUUCAUCACAACAUUCGUAUCAAGUUCUUAAUGAAACGGUGUUUGAUUAUUGAUCAUGUAAUACUUAUUUGACAUUUCUUCCUGAGGGAAACUGAAGUUGCUGUGUGUGAUUUAUGAUUUGUGAAUUUCCAGCCCUGCCAGUGUGCUGAUUUGAGUUUACAUGCUUUUGGUUUUAGUGCUUUGCUGUGCUUUCUUUCAGAUCUUUUUUAGAUUUCUGAUCCUUCAGUCCUUUACGCAGGACUGGCUGUUGCCGUGCACCACAUAGCCCACCUCACUCUGCAUGUGUCAAAUUAUGGCAGAUCUGCAGAGAAGACACAUGGGACAGUAAAUCAAUUUACGCUCUUCAGACCUCUUUGACGACUUCUGCCAGAGCAAAUACCCACGAUGAAGAGACUGUAUGUCACCUGCAGAGGGAGGAGGAGGGGGGGGGGGGGGUUUCACUGGAGGUGAUGAUGGGCGUGGAAAGAUUUCCGGGGCAUCUUUGUUUCUAUUUUGAUAUUUUUCUAAAAUGGCGUGUUGAAUUUUUUUUAUAGUACAUUUUAAGGUAACAUUUGAAAGCAAUACGAAAAACAUGAAAGUGAUACUGAAUUUUAAUUUUGCUGACUUAACACGAGUGAUUAAUUAUCAGGCAGCUCCCACAAUGGACUGAAACAACUAGGGUUAUGUGGUUAAGGAUUUUUAAUCAUGUAUUUAUGAUAUUGUAAGCAGUGUAUCAUAAAAUAAACGUGGCUGUUACCAGAUA